AUGACUUCCAGCGUUGUGCUGUCAGCGGACUUGAACAGACUUUCCUUCAAAUCACACAGGUCCUCGGCUCGAUCCUCCGGGGGCACUCGUGACCAGGAGGACUCUCUCUCCAUGUCCGGCAACUAUCUCGGAAAGCUUUGGUCAGAUGAUGGGUCGGUAUCCAAGCAGUCCGUUCUGAAACAGGGAGUGGACUCUAUGGACUCUGAAGUCUUCUCGGUGACCAGGUUGAUGUCUGAUAAGUCUUUGAAACAAGUGGUCUUUGACGAGAUCCCUGUCCGAAGUAGCCGUGGUCGGUGGAGGCCACUUUUCCCCAGCUUGGCUGCCGAGUCGUUGUACAGCCCUUCUGCGUCGAUGAGCUGCAGUGUGGCAUCGGUACGAAGACUCGGCUCACAGAAGUUCAUCUUCGAGUCGGAGGAAGAUGCUCAACGGAGUUUGGCGCAAGACAUCAAAAGUCAUGGCCAACAUCUGGCUGUACGGACGGCUCCGCAGCUGGAUCGCUCACCAUCUCCAUCCCUCUCAAUGAAGAGCCAAAACAGCCAUUUGUCUCUUCCUGAUCCUGCGAAGGAAAACUUCCGGCGUCCAAGCACCAACAGCAGCGCCAUGUCUGACGUCUCCGACUCGAGGAAAGAGGGAGCAAGCAGAGCCCAGGGAGCAGCUUUGGGAGCUGACGUGAUCCAAAGCAGCAACAACCAUUUUAGCAUCCAGGACUGGUUCUUUUACGGAGUUAAUAAUGGCCAGUCCUUCCUUCUGAUGCUGAGCACUCAGCCCUUUCUGCGCUUCACUGGCCUCAAAACCUUUGAUGAGGUCUACGACCUUGUCGGCUUGGAAGGACUGCUUGGGGUGCGUCCGGGCGACAACAGCUCGGAGGCCAUAGCUUUCGUUGAGAGGGGCGGGACGGGCGCAGCCAUAUUCCGCCGGCUUACAGGGCAGGAGCCCGGUGCUGAACCUACUCCUGUUCGUGGGCCUUCUGCAUGGGGACAACCAGGCAACGCACGGUUGCGUGUCACUUUGGAACAGACGCUGACAGCAGGACCUCGCACGGAGAAAAGACCUCCAAAGCCCGCGCCAACUGAUGCCUGGGAUAGCAAGGCGGAGGAUGUUCCUGAAAGUUGGGAAGACAUGUGA